AUGUCCGUUGAAAGUCUUCUUUCCGAGGUUACUAACAUUCUUGGCUCUCGUCUUGCCGUUAAGGCUGCCGAUCAAGCCUUCUUUGGAGGAAAGCAAGUCUACACUGGAGUUAGCUCUGCUGUUGGCGCUGGAUCUUCCGCUGCCGUCGGUAAAAAUUAUUAUUUUGACAUCCUCCGUGAGGAAAGAGAGACAUUUUUAGAAAAUGCUUCUGGUAGUUCUGAUCCGCUUCAGUCUGCUAUUGAAAAUGCGCAGAAGACCGUAAAGAAAGCGCUUGCUGGACAAGCUGUAGGAUCCAAUGACGGACUCGUUUCCGAAAUUGCCUCUUUGAAGAAAGAGAACCAGGACAUCAAGAGCGAACUCGCCCAGCUCAAGAAACUCUUCGAGGAGCUUUCCGUCAAAGUUUCCAAGCAUUUCUUCGAUUCAGCAAAGUCUAUAUUAGUUUUGGGUGACGGAAAUCUUUCGUUUUCUCUCGCGCUAUCAAGAUUAUUACCUUCCGGCCAUAUAACUGCAACCGUUCUAGAAGAUGAAGAACUGUUUUUGAACCGUUAUGCAGUGUUCGAUACUGUUAAUCUUUUGCGACAAUCCUCUAACGUAGAUUUAAUAUUUGGAGUAGAUGCCACUAAACUUCCUUCGAAUUGGAUUGGAAAGUUCGAUAUGAUUAUCAUGAACUUUCCUCAUCCGGGAGGUAAAACUAAUCUUCUUAGAAGUAAGAAGUUAGCUUCCGGAAUAUUCCGCAGUGUCCGAUCAGUACUGACGCCUGGAUGUUCUUUCCAUCUUUCGUUAGCUAUUGGACAGUCAGGAAUAUCACCUGGAGAUCCGUUACUCUCGGAUGAUCCCCCGAUUCAUAAGAAGGAUAGUUGGCAAAUUAUAUAUCUUGCUGCUGAGCAAGGAUUGGCACUCCAAUCUUUAAACCCUAUGACUCCUGAGCUUUAUCCUGGUUAUCAAGCUUCUGGAUAUAGGACGACAGGCAAAGGUUUCAAUAACAACUGGGGUGCACAGCGAUUCUGCUUCCAAGUUUCUCAUAUUAAGCCUAGCUUUGACCAAUUAGUUUCUCCUCCACGAUCUUGCAAAAAAUUUAAUCUUUAUCUCCCAUAUUAUUACCAUGACGUUUCUUUUUUGUUUGACUGCGAAGAUUCUUUGAUCGAUGGCUUAGAAGACAUGAUUUUUAAAAUGCUUUACGAGCUUUCGGGUAAUAUGAUCAUCAGAAUCAGUGAGUUGAAUCAUCUCCGUUCAAUGUGCCCAGAUCCCUACCUUCCCAAUAGAAUAUAUAGACUUAUUUGGCAACCUUUGAUUCCUAUAGGAAAACUUUUGUGUAAUGAUAUUCAAGAUGAACUUCGUUUGCGAAUUGUUGAUUUUGUCAAGAGGAAUAGAUUGCCUCUUGGAGCUUCUGUAGCUGCUGCCCCUGCCGCCGCUGCUGCUCCUGCUGCUGCUGCUGCUAAGGAUGACGACUUCGAUCUUUUCGGAUCCGAAGAUGAAGAAGAUGAUGAUGAGAAAAAGAAGGUCGUUGAGGAGCGCCUGAAGGCCUACAAUGAGAAGAAGUCCAAGAAGCCCGGUGUUAUCGCCAAGUCUUCCAUUAUCCUUGAUGUCAAGCCAUGGGAUGAUGAGACCGAUCUCGGAGAGAUGGAGAAACUCGUCCGUGGAAUUGAAAUGGACGGUCUCGUCUGGGGAGGUGGAAAGCUCAUCGCUAUUGGAUACGGAAUUAAGAAGCUUCAGAUCAUCUGCGUUAUCGAAGAUCUUAAAGUUUCUGUUGACGAUCUUAUCGAGAAGAUUACCGGUGAUUUCGAAGACCACGUACAAUCUGUGGAUAUCGUUGCCUUCAACAAGAUCUAA